CUCCUCCUUGCCCUCUUCGGGCUCAGCCGCCGCGCUGCCCGGCUGCUCCGUCCUCUGGACGCCCGCGGCGAUGUUCACCCGUGCCGUGAGCCGACUGAGCAGGAAGCGGCCGCCGUCUGAUCUCCAUGACAGCGAUGGGAGCUCAAGCAGCAGCCACCAGAGCCUCAAGAGCACAGCCAAGUGGGCGUCCUCUUUGGAGAAUCUUCUGGAAGAUCCAGAAGGCGUGAAGAGAUUUAGGGAGUUUCUAAAGAAGGAAUUCAGUGAAGAAAAUGUCUUGUUUUGGUUGGCAUGUGAAGAUUUCAAGAAAAUGGAGGACAGGAAGCAGAUGCAGGAGAAGGCCAAGGAGAUCUACAUGACCUUCCUGUCCAAUAAGGCCUCUUCACAAGUCAACGUGGAGGGGCAGUCUCGGCUCAGUGAAAAGAUUCUGGAAGAACCACACCCUCUGAUGUUCCAAAAGCUCCAGGAUCAGAUCUUCAAUCUCAUGAAGUAUGACAGCUACAGCCGCUUCUUGAAGUCUGACUUGUUUCUGAAACCUAAACGGACUGAAGAAGAGGAAGAGGAUCCUCCAGACGCUCAAACCGCAGCUAAGCGAGCUUCCAGAAUUUACAACACAUAAGCUGAGCCCUUCGCCCCCAUGGAUCGGAGGAAUGGACUCUCAAAACUGUUCAGGAUGUCAUUGCUUUGUUGUGUUUGAGGACUGGAGUGUGCAAGACCUUCCCUCGGGAUAUAUGUAUUUUAUUAACUCUUUGAACAGCAACCUCUGCAUUAUGCUAAUCUUCCAUUAAAAACAAAAGUAACCUUGAAGUUUCAGUUCACAAAACACGUGAGAUUCCUCCAACACUGGAUACUUGGAGCCUUUAAAUCUUGAUUAAAGUUUUCAUGAGGCUACAAGUGAAGCCUUUAGUUA